CUCCGCGCUCCGGAGCGCACCUUGAAACAGGCCGGCGCAGAGCGAGGAGCGGCGCUACUGCCCGGCUGUGCCCUCCGACCCGCGGCGUCUGGCUCGGCGCGCUACUCUGCCGUCCCGUGCGCCAGCAGGACGCAGGUGGUGGGAGCCGCACUCCCUCCUUCCCUCCCGCCAGCAUCUCUCUCGGCCGCCCCCUCUCUGCAGGAGCAGCGGCGAUUUCUCGGCCGGCGGGGCCGAGACGGGCAUGGUGGGCUGCGCCGGGGGCCAAGUGGCGGGCAGGUGAGUCGCUCCCUCCGCCCUGCUGAGCCCUCCGGCGGCCGGCAAGAUGGUCAGCGCCGUCGCCUCCGAGCUCGCCCUGCUCAGCCUCGGUAUUCUAUUAGUCCUGUGCCAUGCCUUGGAGAAUACAACAUUGGCCUUGAGUGGUCCCCCAGUGGCAGCGGCUGUCAGAUCUCAUUUUAACAGCUGUCCAGAUGCUCAUAGUCAGUUCUGCUUCCAUGGUACUUGCAGGUUCUUGGUGCAGGAGGAUAAACCCACUUGCCUUUGUCAUUCUGGGUUCAUGGGAACACGCUGUGAACAUGCAGAUCUCCUUGCAGUGGUAGCUGCUAACCAGAAGAAACAAACCAUAACUGCCUUGGUGGUGGUCUCAGUAGUAGCAUCAGCUGUACUUAUCAUGAUCUGCGUACUGAUACACUGCUGCAGAAUAAAGAAACGCUGUGAGUGGUGCAGGACUGUAGUCUGCAGGCAUGAAAAGCCCAAUGGGCUCCUGAAAGGAGGAACUUCCUGCUGCCACUCUGAGACAGUUGUCUGAUGGAGACCAGGGUCGUCUUGAGAUUCUUAUUGCUAUGUAUAGAUGGGACCACUGCAUAUCCUACAGGACAACUAAGAUAUUCCAGAGAAGAAUGUUUAAUAUGGACAAAACUCUUCUGGGCUUGGAAGGGUAUUGGCAAGCAGAUGCCAUACCUCUUUGGCUACUCUGUUUUAUAUAUUGUGCUUCUGGAACAUUGUCAAAGGGAAGUCAUUGUCCAUGUGACUUCACAGAAUGUCACACAUCAGACUAAAUGGUAUCCAAGUUACGAUGACCAAGGAAUCUCAAAUGACACUUUGAAUGAAGAAUACAAGCCGGUCAUAAGAGAACUGCACGUUGGACAGCUUCAUGUUUACGUAGCCAUAAGAAAUAUGCUUGGAGGGGGGGACUUAUACAAGGAAGGAAAUGUUGUACAGGUUGGGCUAGCUUUUUGUUUUCCAAGAGGCUUUAUGGAACAUCCUUGAAGGAUACGGAGCUUGGGUUCAUGCAUUUGUUACAUGUUUCCCUCAAAAGGAGGGACUAGCUAAAAUAUAGGUUAUUUUGAAAGAGCAAGAUGCUCAGUUUGAGAAGAUCAGUCUCUUUGCCUGGAAAUUUAUGUUUGCAUCCAUAAACUGCAAGAUGAAGUUUUCCCAGGGAACACAGAGCUUUAAGAACUUAAUAGUUCCAUGUUUUCCUAUUCUUUUUCAAAGGAGAAAACUUGGUGGGGUAAAACAGGAUUUUGAACAGUGUGACAUCAAAUCUUAUGCCUUUGCUUUCCUUUAGGAGUGUAAACUGUGUAUACAGAUGUAAACUUUCUCAGUUAGGUGCAUUAAUUGAUUCUAGGUCCUAUAGACAGGAGUGACUUGUGAAAGGACUCACAUGUUCAAUAUCUGCUGUUAAGAACUUAGGUAAGGUCUUUUAGAUCAGCUGAGUUCUGGAUGUAGGGUCUUUUGGUUUGUCCCAGCAUUGUCCAUCUGAUAGUAUGUUGGAACAGACACCAGACUGCUCUUCUCAUUACACUUUUGGUAAAGUACACCUACAGAUGUCUCUGUUCUAUAAAGUGCAUUGUCCACUGCUAAAUCGAUACAAAGCAAGCAUCUAGACACUAUGAGGACAAAUACUUCCAGCUUCCAAUUCAGAAUGUAAAAGUAACUACAGUACAAUCACUGCUUUGUUCUAAACUUUCCCAAACCAGAAAUGGUGUUUCUGAAUUAGCAGAACAGUCCUAAUUUUAAAAUACAUUAGUGGGAUCUUCCACUCUGAAAUCACGAGUUUUCUCCUAUUUUCUCCAGGUUAAAGGAAGAAUGUCAGCUUUGGAAAGGUUGCCAGUAAAAAUUAAUAGGUUUCUGUCUAGCUCAUUCAAAAGUCAUUCUGUUUCUAGAUUAUUUUAACUAACACUCCUAUUGAUAUGAACGUAUAUUCCUGUUGAGAACCAUACAAUGCUAUUAGAACAAAUCUUAUACAUAAUUUUUUUUUAAUUAAGGGCUGAAAAAUUGGCUUGUAAAUCCUUUUUGCUGUUGAUGGUCCAGUCCCUUUUGUUUUUCUUUGACCCACAUCUCAGUCUUUUACUUUGCCCAGAAGGAGAAGUGUCUCUUUAAAAGGAAGGGGAAGAUUUUUAAUAUUAUCCAAAAACUUCUUACCUGUUUUUUUGUAAUGACUUAUUAAACAAGACACAAAAGAAAAAUGCCUGUGAUUUUUUUGCACUGUUCUCAUCCCAUAGUGCUGUAAGAUCACUAAUAAAGAACAGUUCCCAUGCAUUGGAAGUCAAGAGGGGUGUGUCUCUCCAAAGGACUCCUUGGGAGCCCAAGAUGCUUAGAAAUUCUGGUUUUCUUCAGCAAAUAUUUAACCAUGGGUUGAAAUUCCAUUAAGUGCUCAAACAGAAAUAAUGCCAGAAUUUUUGUGUGUGAUCUCUUAAGAUGAACAUGGCAUGUUAUUCAGAUGGAUGUUUAAAACAAUGUUAAAUCUGUUAAAUUCCAUUUGGUGCUGAACAUCACCUGGUUGUCUGCGGGAAGGAAUAGGCAAGUGAUCUGCGUUAGGAAUAAACACAAUGCGAUUUAUAUGGAAGGCUGGUAUUGCUUCUGCCUCUAGAACUGGGUUCUCAUUGCCGCUCAGGACUCAGGAAAACAUUUGGAUGUGAGACUGCCUGUGGUUUCCUAGUAAACUGGUACUUCAUCUGAAGCUUGGUCAUUGUUUGGGGUUGGGUGUGUGUGAUCUUUAUGGAAUAGAAAAAGUCUGUCUUAAAUGUUCUGACAAGACCAAACUCAAACUCUCAUGAAUGGUGCCAAUUUUUUACAUUGGACACAAUUUUUAUUAUCCUCAAAGAUGAAUUUUAGCACUAGGACCCCUUUCCAGAUAGAGUACUGAUCUCUGUUAACACCCGUUCCAUUUUUCAUAAUCAAGUUUACUGUUUAUAACCAUCCUGAAGUUUUAUUUUUAGUCAAGGUUACACUUGUCUCUUCUGUAUAUGUUGCACUGAAAAAGUUAAUAUUUAAUGUUUUAAUUUAUUGUGUGGUUAAAUUAAUUUGAUUUAUGUUUAAAAAACCUGUUUGUGAUUGGCUGUUUUCUUCCUUAAUACGCUGAAUUAUAGUUAUUUAAAUGAGUGAAAUACAUUUUUUUCAUAAUA